AUGGCCCUGAGCAUUGAACAUCAGUUGUCUGCGCGCACCAUCCCCGGUGAGGAGACAGAAAAAGAUAAAAUGAUACGUGGUGAACUUUACCGGCCCUUCGAUGUUCAUCUUGUGGAAGAGAGAGAGCGCUGUAAGGCCGCGCUGUGGCGGUUCAACAGUGCCUGCAAUCCCGUUUCUGGACUAAGCAAUAAAGAACAAAACCGCCUUUUGAAAGAAAUUUUAGUACCACCUACUUCAGCAGUGGGUUCACCCUCGGGUGUCACUUCCCCUCGCCCAACGGGUUCCAUCGGGCAAGGUGCGGUUGUUGAAGCGCCCUUCCAGUGCCAUUACGGAUAUAACGUUCAUAUUGGCGAGGACGUGAUGAUAUCUGAGAGUUGUUUAUUUGUGGAUGAUUGUCCUAUCACUAUUGGUGCCCACACGUGGAUUGGCCCCAGGGUGACUAUUCUCAGUUCAAUGGCCCAUGCAAAUAUGCAGGAGCGUAAAGGGUCUCAAAGCCGUCAUCAGGGACGACCCGUGACGAUUGAAGAAGAUUGCUACGUCGGCGCUGGCUGCACAAUUUACCCUGGUGUUCGCCUUCGACGUGGAGCUUAUGUGGCACCGGGUGAAGUUGUCAAAUCCGAUAUCGUAGCUUAUGGGUUUCAGGGUCUUAAACCUAGCUACAUGUGA